AUGUACCCAACUGGUUUAUCUCGCCCGUAUAUGCUCCGAGUUAGUUCGAGGACUUGGUUGAGAGAUAGCCACGACCUGUUCGAUUAUGAAACUCACCAACACGUUAAAAUCUCCCACUUUGCAACAUCAUGUCCACUAAAGGUGUUGAGAAACGACUCGGAAGUCAGCGUUAUAGACUACAACAACAACGUUGACAGGGAGCACGACCACCUUUUGAGCAUAGUUUGCAAUAGAGCUGGAGAUUACAUUGUGGCUCCUGCAGAAAAGAUCCAAGGGUCGCUUUUGAGCCCACAGAAGCUGUGGUUAAUUGUGAGGACGCUCCCCUCCCAAAGAUACCCGCUCCAGGAAAACGAUAUUAUUAAACUCGGAAGAUUCCGCCUCCGAGUGAAGCAAUUAGUCCCAGGACCAAGUGUGGAGACUCCCGACAGUAGUAGUGAUAACACUAUUGGAUACCCUGACGAUGUAAUUAACUGCGGCGAGACCAACGACGCCCAAAUUGUCAAGUUGUUUGAUGGCAUAAUUCCAGAUAAAACCAUCACCUUCGAGGAGCAGUGUAAUAUCCAGUGCCGUAUAUGUUUAUCUGAGGGGUAUCUUCACUACCCAUCCUCAGAUAACACGCCAAACACCACCCCUGCAAACAGUAGUAGCAAUGAUACUAGUUUGGAUAUUGAUUCGGUGACUGGGAAGAUGGACAUUUACUCCAACCCGCUCAACAGUAACACGAGCAGUGUCACGUGCAGUUUGGACCCCAACUUGGCAGAUGCGUCAAUUGACAACCUUGAGAAGUCGGCGACCUUCGAGUCAGAUCGGCUAAUUUGCGCCUGUGAAUGCAAGGGGAGUAUUAAGUAUGUUCACGUGGAGUGUUUGAGGAAGUGGAUCGACUCCAAAUGGAGCUUGAGAGGUGAGGACCCACUCCCGUCAAUUGUAUUUAUAAAGGAAGUUUCAUGCGAACUUUGCAAGACCAAUUAUCCCUGCUUUAUUAGACAAAACGGGGAGCUGAUCCAGAUUGUCAAGAUGCCAAAAAUGCAAACGCCGUUUUUAGUGCUUGAAAACACAACUCCACAGGCUGUUAGGGGAGUUCACCUGGUGUCAAUGAGGGACUCUAAGGAUUUAAAGCUGGGAAGAGGACACGAGUCUGAUUUGAGAAUUCCAGACGUCUCCAUUAGCCGUUAUCACGCCAACAUCAGGUAUGAAAACGGUCAAUUUUACCUUGAGGAUCACGACUCGAAGUUUGGAACUCUGGUUGCCAUGAAGAAGUCGAGGAUUGUUUCAUCAGACGAGCCACUUGCAGUCCAGGUUGGACGUUCAGUUAUUAAUUUGACUGUUGAUAAAUCUUUGCCGUAUUUUGAGAAGACUUGGCUCACACUCACUCCAACCCCGCCUGUUUAUAACACUUUCGAUGUUCCAACUAAUGGAAGUGGUAACGUUGACUUGAACCUAAAUUCAGCUCCAGUCUUCGGCUCUCAAGCAUACAACAGUAUGAUUCCCACUGUAAACGUACCUAACAUGGGUAAUGGUAAUAACAUGAGUAAUCAGGGAAACAUGGGUAAUCAAGUUAAUAUGACUAAUCCUGGUGCAUUUGGUAAUCCUGUGAAUGUAGCAAAUUUGACAAGUUCUUCCAAUGGUGUUAAUGUUAUGCACUCGCAGGGAAUUAGUCCGAACUCCACCGCUAUUGGCAUUGAUAUGAUGGACCACCCAAUGCAUCCCAGUGGUUAUAUGUCAUUUUAUCAGCCCUCGUAUUCUAACCCAGUCCACAUUCCAAGCCCAAGUAACUCUAACUCAAUUAGCAACGGCUCAAACAACUUUGCAUUUCAACAAGGUUCAUCCACGCCCACAGCACCAACUAAUGGAAAUGGCGGUAAUGUGGGACCUGCUCAUACAUUACCAAGUUCCGGCCAUGGAUUACCCAGUCCCGGUCAUGGAUUACCCAGUCCUGGUUCCAGGGUUAGCCCACUUAAUGAUAUAUACUGGGGUUGUCUGAGAGAAGCUGCUAGACAAAGGUUUGACCCUCACGCUCUCGACGGUCUCGCCAAUAACCGUCUCAACAGCUUUAGACUCAACCCAGUCUCGUCAAGCCCAAACAUGAACAAUGGCAAUGGCAAUCUAUCUAUGAAUUCCAGUGGUGUAAUUAGCAGUAGUAGUUCCAGUGGUAUGAGUAGUUCUGGCCAGAUGAACCCUGGUAACAGUAGUAGCAGUGGAAUGUCCAUGAGUAAUAGCGGAGAAGACUUGGACAUGCUGUUGCCGGACACGGUAUUUAUCGCAAAUUGGAAUAACCUGCCAACUAGAAACUUAGAUUUAAACGGGGACACCAGCACCAGUGCCCUGGAACACAGACACUCUCAGGAUUUGGAUAAACCAAUCACUCGCAUUUAAUUUUACUGAGUUUAAUCUUUUCAACAAAUUUA